AUGUCAACACAAGAACAAGCAGAUAAAUGGUUUGAAACUAAUAUGGAUGUUUGGUAUGAUGCCAUUGUCGAUCUAACAUUUAGAACAAGAAUGAUAUCUCUUUCGGAGGAGCAAAUUAUGGCCAUCAUUCUCGAUAAUGAAUAUUUCAAUGGUGAAUGCAAUCAGGAAGUGUUGGAAACAAGUGGUAUUGAUAUCGUGUCGAGUUUAAAUUCCGACACAAGGCGAACAGUAUUGGAAACGUUAGAAAUUGAUGUAAAUAGAGAGAUGAAAGAAUUAUCUUGUUGUAAUGAUGAAGGAUGUUUUAUUAAAUUGAGCUGUAGAUCUCCGAAGGAUGCCUUUGCUGUAUGUGCAAAGAUGAAGGAGUUAUUCAAUGACAAGAUUGAGAAAAUUGUAAUGGAAAAGAAAGGAGUUUUAGCAACUCCCAAUGAAAGGUUGAUAGCUGUCAACGAAUCAUUUAUACAAUCAAUGAAGGUGAAGGAUUUUGCUGAAGAGUACACAUAUUUUACCAAGUCAGCAAGAGUAUUGGAAGAUUUACUGUUAUUUCUCAAAUAUGAUAAGAAGCAACGAGAAGAAAAUCCUAUCAAGAUUAUCAUUAGAGAGUGGGUUGAUAUUCCUUCAAAAUAUGAAUUCAGAUCAUUUGUGAAAAACAAACAAUUGACAGCCAUCUCUCAAUAUUUUGACACUUUUGCUCAUCGAGUUCCCCUAAAUGAUUACAUUUGUGAUUUUGCAAUUGAUUCGAAUGGAAGAGUUUACAUUGUUGAAUUGAAUCCAUUCUCCACAACAACUGAUGCAUGUCUCUUCAGUUGGACAAAGGAUGGUGAAAUUUUGAAUGGAAUACAAAUCAAGAAUGAAACAAAUCAAUUGGAUCAGAUCGAGUUUAGACUCAAAAAGGAAGUUGAAAAGCAUUUGAAACAUCAAAUCAUUUCAGUGUGGGUUCCUUUUGUCAUUCCAUCCCAAUAA